AUGGGCCACCUCGGCGCUGGUCUGCAAAGACAAGAAUGGGAUCUUUCCACUCUUCCCAAGUUCGAAAAGGAUUUCUACAAGGAGUCUCCUGAUGUCGCCGCUCGCGACGCUGCCGAAGUCGAGGCGUUCCGUCGCAAACACCAGAUGACCAUCGCCGGCUCAGAUGUUCCCAAGCCCGUCGAGACCUUUGACGAGGCUGGAUUCCCUCGCUACGUCAUGGAUGAGGUCAAGGCUCAGGGCUUCCCUGCUCCUACCGCCAUUCAGUCUCAAGGAUGGCCCAUGGCUCUUUCUGGACGUGAUGUUGUUGGUAUUGCCGAAACUGGUUCCGGAAAGACUCUCACAUACUGUCUUCCCGCCAUUGUUCACAUCAACGCCCAGCCCCUUCUCGCCCCUGGUGAUGGCCCUAUCGUUCUGAUCUUGGCCCCCACCCGUGAGCUUGCUGUCCAGAUUCAGCAGGAAAUCUCAAAGUUCGGUCGCUCAUCACGCAUCCGCAACACUUGUGUCUACGGUGGUGUCCCCAAGGGCCCCCAGAUUCGUGACCUCUCCCGUGGUGUUGAGGUCUGCAUUGCCACUCCUGGCCGUCUCAUCGACAUGCUCGAGGCUGGCAAGACCAACCUUCGCCGUGUAACUUACUUGGUCCUCGACGAGGCUGAUCGCAUGCUGGACAUGGGUUUCGAGCCCCAAAUUCGCAAGAUUAUCGAGCAGAUUCGACCUGACCGACAGACUCUCAUGUGGUCCGCUACAUGGCCCAAGGAAGUCCGUGCCCUCGCUUCCGACUUCUUACAAGACUUUAUCCAGGUCAACAUUGGUUCCAUGGAACUCGCUGCCAACCACAGAAUUACCCAGAUUGUGGAGGUUGUUACCGAAAUGGAGAAGAGAGACCGUAUGAUUAAGCAUCUGGAAAAGGUCAUGGAGAACAAGGAGAACAAGAUCCUCAUCUUUGUUGGUACCAAGCGUAUCGCCGACGAGAUUACCCGAUUCCUUCGCCAGGACGGCUGGCCCGCUCUCUCAAUCCACGGAGACAAGCAGCAAAACGAGCGAGACUGGGUCCUUGACCAGUUCAAGACCGGAAAGAGCCCUAUCAUGGUUGCUACCGACGUGGCAUCCCGUGGUAUCGAUGUUCGCAACAUCACUCAUGUGUUGAACUACGACUACCCUAACAACUCGGAGGAUUACAUCCAUCGUAUUGGUCGUACCGGCCGUGCUGGCCAGAACGGAACUGCCAUUACGCUCUUCACCACUGACAACCAGAAGCAGGCUCGUGAUCUCGUCAACGUGCUCCAGGAGGCCAAGCAACAGAUCGACCCUCGUCUGGCUGAGAUGACCCGCUACGGUGGUGGUGGCGGCCGCGGCUAUGGCGGUUACCGUGGCCGUGGAGGCGGUAGAGGUGGGUAUCGUCGCUGGUAA